AUGUUGCACAAAUUGCAAACUGCGGCAAUGUGUUCGCGGCGCUUCGGCUCAAACGCUGGCCCAAAAGUGCUGCAUCGCCAGAUCAAUAAACUGCUCAUAGCCAAUCGUGGAGAAAUAGCGUGCCGUGUGAUGCGAACAGCCAACCGGCUCGGCAUACGUACGGUUGCUGUGUUCUCCGAUGCGGACGAAAAAUCUCUCCACGUGAAACAAGCCAGCGAAGCUUACAACAUUGGCCCUGCUGCCUCUCAACAGUCCUACCUUCGAGGAGAUAAAAUUUUGGCUAUUGCCAAGAAAGCAGGCUGCCAAGCGAUUCAUCCCGGUUAUGGAUUUCUUUCGGAGAAUGUAGAGUUCGCUGAACUGUGCCAACAGGAAGGAGUAACAUUUAUCGGUCCACCAGCAAGUGCCAUCCGUGAUAUGGGCAUUAAGAGCACUUCCAAGCACAUAAUGUCCGCUGCAGGAGUACCGAUCAUCAAUGGAUAUCACGGAGAAGAUCAGUCAGACGAGAUGCUUAUGCAAGAGGCACAGAAGAUAGGGUUUCCGCUUAUGAUCAAGGCGGUACGUGGCGGUGGAGGCAAAGGAAUGCGCAUUGCUGAAACUGAGGCCGAUUUUAUGCCCAUGUUACAAUCUGCCCGGACAGAAUCGGAGAAGGCUUUCGGUGAUAGUGCAAUGCUGUUGGAACGCUAUGUACGAUCGCCAAGACACGUGGAGGUGCAGGUCUUUGCCGACCAUUACGGCAAUGCAGUUUACCUGUACGAACGAGAUUGUUCAGUGCAACGGCGACAUCAGAAGAUUAUUGAAGAAGCACCCGCACCGGGACUAUCUGAGGUGUUACGGAAACAGUUCGGCGAAGCAGCAGUUCGUGCCGCUAAAGCAGUAAACUAUGUUGGUGCCGGAACGGUAGAAUUCAUUCUAGAUAAAGAAGAUCUAUCGUUCCAUUUCAUGGAAAUGAAUACACGCUUGCAAGUUGAGCAUCCUAUCACGGAAAUGAUUACCGGGACGGAUUUGGUGGAAUGGCAGAUAAAGGUAGCUGCAGGCGAGCCUCUUCCGGUUUUGCAGGAAGAUAUCGUUAAGCGCGGGCACGCUUUCGAAGCUCGUAUCUACGCCGAAGAUCCAGCCGGUGGCUUUUUGCCAGGUGCCGGUCCUCUGGACUACCUAUCGACUCCAGAACCGUCGACUACAACGCGAGUCGAAACUGGCGUACGUCAGGGCGAUGAGGUAUCAAUCCAUUACGAUCCAAUGAUAGCAAAGUUGGUUGUUUGGGGUGAAAAUCGUGCCAGCAGUUUGCAGCUCUUGAUCGAACAGUUGAACAAUUAUCAGAUAGCUGGUUUGCAGACUAACAUAAACUUUUUGAUCGAUCUUGCACGGCACCAACAUUUCCAAGCUGCGGAAGUACAUACGGGAUUCAUCGAACAGCACAUGGACACGCUGUUUCCGAAAAAAGUACUACCUUCCGAAAAGGUAGUACAGAUGGCAUUAGCCCACACACUAAACGAACGCGUACAAUCUGGUGCCAGUUUGGGAAAGAAAACUGCUAGUCCCUUCGAUGUGGAAUACGGUUUCCGACCGAACUAUGGUGUGGCAAGGCCGUUGAAAAUCAAAAUCGGCGAUGUAGAACAUAUGGUGGAAAUAAUGACGAACGCUGAAAGCAACUACUCCGUUCGUGUGGAUGCAGGCGAACGGAUGAAGGUUACGGUGCGCCGCAAACCCUAUAUGAAUCGUUUCCUGCUAGAAACAAACAUAGAUGGACACGUUUCGUGCUUUAACGCAGUUAUUUCGGGUGAAAAUAUCUCUCUUUUUGAUGAGAAUGGCAUGGUGGGAGGAGAAAUUGUUCAGCCACGCUUUCUCGUUACUGAAAGUUCGAUGGGUGGUGUCGAUGCUUCGAGUGUAAUCGCCCCAAUGCCUGGUGUGCUCGAUAAACUGCUCGUCAAGCCAGGGGACAGUGUGAAGGUCGGAACGCCUGUUGCAGUGUUGAUCGCAAUGAAAAUGGAACACGUCUUGAAGGCGGCAAAGGAUGGUGUGGUUAAAGCGAUCCCGAACGCAGAAGGUAGCAAUGUUCGCAAAGGCUCUACCUUGAUUUCAUUCGAAUAA